AAUGCUGCAAAAAUUCUAAAGACAUAUUCAAGGACAUUUUAUGCCCUAAUGAUCCUAUAUGUUUGCUAUGAGCUUGCUAGUCUUGGUCUUUUCGUUGGUUACAAGGACGAGAUCAUAGAUUCGUGCAAUAUCAAUAAAGAAGAUGAAAAAACAAAUUGCAAUGAUGCUUAUAAAAAUCAAUUAAUGAUUGAUAUUGUUGUCCUUAUGGUUACUAUUAUUUUAUCGGUUUAUUUUGCAAUGGUUGUGGAUUCAUAUGCUUCAAAACGUGAAAUUAAAGAAACGCAACAAAUAAUGACGGAAAACGAGGUG